ACACUGGACUAUUAAUAAGACGUCGCGUUUAUCGAUCAGAAUCUGAGUCAUGCCAGAAGCUACUAACAUUCAGGUCGUCAUUGCGAGCGGCCUUGACAAUGAGGAGAACAAUGAUCAUCUUGUUCAGUCCUCGGAUCCACAACAUCCCGCUAACCUGAUCCCCGAGAUGUGUCGCAAGUUCUACACUUGGGGAUGGGUUACAGGCACUGGUGGCGGGACGUCAAUUCGCCAUGGGGAUCACAUUUUCAUCGCCCCGUCCGGCGUUCAGAAGGAACUCAUCCAGCCUGAGAAUAUAUUCGUGAUGCAAUUUCCGACCCCGAAAUAUCCACCAUCCGAGAGGAAAUACAUUCGCAAGCCUAAAAACUUGAAGCCGUCCGACUGCACUCCGUUGUUUCUCACUGCGUUCGAGCGCGGGGCCAUGUGCUGCAUCCAUACGCACUCCCAAUGGGCUGUGCUGGUGACGUUGUUGGUGGAACGGAUAUAUGGAAAAGAAGCUCAUUUUGAAAUUAGCAAUAUCGAGCAAAUUAAGGGUAUUCCCAAGGGGAAAGGGAAAGGAAUGCACAACUAUCACGAUACGCUCCGAAUCCCUAUCAUUGACAACACACCUUUCGAGGAGGACCUCACUGAAGGACUUGAGAGAGCCAUCGCUGCCAACCCGGAUACCUAUGCGGUGUUGGUUCGUCGCCAUGGAAUCUAUGUCUGGGGUGAUACGCCCGCCAAGGCAAAGACACAGUGUGAGAGCCUAGACUGGCUUUUCCAGCUUGCCGUUGAGAUGCACAAAUUGGGUCUCCCAUGGGACAUCAACAAGACCAAAUGAGAUCAUUUCGAGGAAUAUAGAUGAUGCCACUAAUGAGUUAUGGGUUUCGAGGUUAUCCUCUGAGUUUACAUAUUUUUAUAUCUGAAUAUAUUUGCCAUGGACAAUUAGAUG